UGCGCUGUCGUCCGAGCGUACGCAAUAAGAAUUAAAAAUAAGCGUGAGGAAGCGACGUAUUCUACCUCGUCUGUUGUAAAAUGUUUGCGAAAAAAUCAAAGCUCGGCGACAACCCGUGGCAGAGCGAAGACGGAUGCACGUGCGUUGUAUUGGAAUGUGUGUUCGAGCGGCUGACACCCCGCGAGCUACUGCGCUGCGGCGGCGUGUGCCGUGCGUGGCGGCGCGCGGCCCGCGCGGGCCCGCUGUGGCGCCGCGCGCUGCUGCCGCGCACCGAGCCGCGCCUCGUGCGCGCGCUCGCCGACACCGCGCGCUGCAACCGCAACACAGGGACAUGGGCGUCAUGGAACUGGGUACGCGAGGGCAUGCUAUCCAUGGCCCGGUGGGAGCCCAGCGAGAGCCUCGUGCCCGCAUCCGGCGUGCCGCUCAUACACAUGGCCCUCGACGCGAGUGACACCCGCCUCGCUGUUUUGGCGGAAGACGGCCACCUUUCGAUUUGGGCUCGCAGUAGCGUGGGGGCGGCGGGGCAGUGGCGCGAGCGCUGGGGCGGCGCGGCGAGCGCGGAGUGGCGCCGGGCGUGCAGCGCGCAGUGGGCUCCGCGCGCGCCGCGCCUGCUCGUCGCCGGAGCGCUGCUGCUGGCCGACCGCUGGGAAGUGCUCGUGCUCGACAUCAAUAACAAUUUUAGCGGAAAAAUAAUAUGCAGAGCCGCCUGUUCCGUGGGUACAUCCUGCUGUUGGAUGGACGAUGACACCUUCUUGACGCUCCGCGUGCAGCUGCUUGGGCUAGGCCAGGCGUGCACCACCGUGUGGCUCAAUGCCGCUGCGCAAGAGACGUUCUCCGAGCACGCUGGAGUUGUAAUGCCUUUACUGCGGAUUUAUAAUGAAGCAGCCGCUAACAUCACACAUAUUCUUAUUGCAGAUGUCCCUUCUAAUUUUGACGAAAAAGAAGUGUCAAUAGAAAAAGAAGAAAACGGAGGAGAAGCAGAAGAACGCGAAAUCAGUAUGCCUCGUGCGGCUUACUUUCGUUGCCUUCGAAAAGGUGACCACAGUCAGUCAGUGAGAAUGCUGAUAGCGGCCGGUGGUUGCCCAGGCGAAACACGCGGGCAGGCGCGGGCGCUGCACGGCUGGAGCGUGCCGCCGCAGCUGCGCGUGCCGCCCAUAUGCGUGCGGGAGGAACUCCGCGAGCGCGUGCGGCUCCGGCGAGAGCGCGCCGACUCGCCGCCGCAGGACCUGCCCGAGGCCGCGGUGCGCGCGCUCUGCACGCCGCCCGCCGCGCUCUGCCCGCUUGCAGGAUCUGUGCUAGGCAUCGUCGCUCACCCCACUGGUGCCUGCGUGUGGGUAAGCAGUACUGCGGGGCUCACGUGCGUGUCGCUGCCCGUGCUGCGGCGCGUGCUGCACCUGCCCGCGCCGCGCGUCGCCGCGCCGCUCUAUCGUGUGCAGCCUGCCGUUAGCGAUGACUACGUUGUGGCGCCGUUGGAUGACGGAAAUGGUGAGUUGCGCAUGUGGACAGCACGUACGGCUCGGCGCGUUGCACGCGGGCUGCAGCACUCUCGCGCCGGCUGCGCGCUCGUGGCGCUACUGCCCGCGCCCGCCGCGCCUCCCGCGCCGCACGAGGUGCUCGUGCUUACAAGCGACGCUGUACAUGUUUGGCGCAGCUGGAUACCAGAAGUGGACAAUAUUCUACCCUGUGAAGAACGAGUCCUAAAUGCAAAACAGUGGAGAUUAAAAUCACAGGAACGGUUGCCUCGCGAUUCUUGUACACCUCGGCCGGUGCAGCCGUGCGAGCCGUGCGAGCCGCGCGCCGCGCCGCCGUGCCGCCGGCCCGCGCGUGCCUGUCCGAGCGCCCUGCGCGUCACGUGCUGUCCGCCGCCGGCUGGCCAGCGCCCGCCCUGCCCGCCGCCGCUCCCCUCCUGUCCUCUUAGCUGUGAUAACGCAACGAAUGCAACAAGGGAUAUGACGAUUUUAAAUGAGAAACCGUGUAAAAGAUCAACUAUGACUAAAUGUGGUUCAGAACUGGAUCAUGUGGCGCGGCGUCUCGCGCUCGCUGAGCGGGCGCGGCGCGAGGAUUACGAGCGAGAAGCGAACGAGCGCAUCCCCACGCCACGCCCCGAGUCUUCUUCCUACUGCCUGGCGGGCGAGCGACAAUGCGCGAGAGCCACAGAUGGACGCGAUUAUAUGUUUUCCAAAUCAAAUAUCGAAUGUGAUAAGCAAGACUGUGGACCGAACCGUAAAUCUCCACCACCACAACCCAUAAAGCUUAUGUCUUCUGAGGGAUGCGAAAUAAAAUCUAAAGGCAGUUUAGAUCCUUGUUCCCAUCGGCCGCGCGUUAUUGUUGAAAUAGAUCGCAGUAAGUCUAAAGAAAAUGUAGGGACCAAUAAAAUUAAAGAAAGCAUUACGUCGAAACUUAUUGAUAGUUUAAGCUUUAAAAAAAAUUCAAAUCCAGCAUGUCCAAAGCAAAAAUGCAAUCAAUCUGAUAGUUGGUGCAAAUCUCCACCAAAGCUAGCACCUACCCCAACUCGUUGUAAGGAGCCUAAUCUUGCAGAGAGAUUACGACAACGAUCAAAAAGCCUCCAUAAUAACCAGCAACGAAAACUCCACUGCAGUGUUUGGACGUCUGCUUGUGUCAUCAAACCAUCUGCCACAACGACCUCAUCGACCAAGGCAAGAACUGAUUCAGGCACUGAAUUAAAAUCAAAUUUUGAUAAACUAAAUCUUGUACUAGAAGAAAAGAAGAUGUUAAAGGAGUCUGGACAAGGGCGAGUAGUAAGAGAACAAUGUGACGAAGGUAAGACGGAUUCCUCCAAUUCAGGUUCAAUCGAAUUGCGUGUGCCAUCUGACACAGAGGCUGUCAAAGUUCGGGUCACUUUAGAUUUCGACCAUACUACCAACUAUUUGCAUGGAUCAAUAUCAACAGCUGAGAUGGCUCCAAAUUGUGUUAAGUCACAGGAAAACAAAAGUGAUACAUGGUUGUCUAUUAAGAAUAUUCAGAAAAAAAUAGCUGAGUGUACAAAGAAAACAGAUUCUCAUGGGUCCAUAAAGAAGAAAGAAUCCUCACCGAAAGCACAGUCUUCUUCGACUAUUGCGAACCCUUGUGUCCGCCCAAAGAUAUCGUCCGAUCGACAGCCGUGCUCUAGGAAGCCACCUCACCACGCUGGCUCUUCGCCCUGCACGCCUCGUAACGAUCGCCCGCGUUUCUCUUCUAACGUUGAGCCGGCCAAGGGGAUGAUUCUUCUGUGAAUUCUA